CAAUGAGGAAAUAUCCGUAAAUAAACAUUGACUAAAUACAUGUAACCGACAACUUGUCACACGACUUGUGUUCUAGCCUAUUUGAGGUGGGCGUGUUUACACUGAUCAUCAUGACAACAGAGGGAGUGUUUGCUGGUUGUCAGGUAGUCCUUGACCUCAGCACCAGUGUAGGUUUCAAGAAGAAACAGGAAGUCAGGAAAACCAUCACAAACAAUGGUGGAAUUAUCUCGUACAUUGUCACAAAAAAGAGUACCCAUGUUGUGCUCAAUGAUCCAGAAAAAGCUGAUGUCAGCUACAAAUGUAAAAUGGCUGAGAAGUUCCGAAUCCCCGUGGUGUCCCUCGAUUUUAUUUUUGACUGUGUUGACCAGGGGAAGCAACUCAACACUGACAAUUAUCUCCUAGUGGGUAAAACGAAGGCCCAGGAAUUCAGCAGCGGCAAAAUUAUGGCUGGGAAAUCUGGACCUAAACCUGAGGGGAAAAAGAAGAAAACGGUGUCUAGUUUUAAUCCAAAGUCGGUGAGAGUUUGGCAGGAGAGGGAUAAGAACAUGCCCCAGUUUGAUGACGGAAGUGAAUUGGCCAAAUUUGCCAUGCUUCAGAAAUAUGACAAGAAAACACAAAUAACACAGUUCUGUGUGUUAGAGAUUCAUGCAUCCAGAAGAGUUAUUGCCCUUGACAACAAGGAACAGUCCCCUAGGUUCUGUAUUUGCUCUCACCUUGGCAGUGUGCAGGAAGUACAGGACAAGCCAGGUAGUGGCACUAGAGAGUUCCGUUUUGUACAGACAUCGGAGGAAGCCCUGAGUGUGUUUAGUGCCCUCUAUAAACAGAUGACAGAGUCCCCUAAUGGCAUGACCAUCUGUCGGAAACCCCCAUGUCAGAAUAUAGGAUCAAAGAAAUUCCAAAAGAUGAUGGUGGAGUAUGGUAUGGAGGAUACAGAGUUAUCUACCCCUGUGAAGGAGUUGAUGCAUCACAUCUGGCAGGAAGCUGGGGGCGAGAUAGAGGAAAUCUUAAGUAGCCCACUACAGUCACUGAAACUGGACCAGGUGGAGAAGGCGACGGCCAUUUUGUCAGAGAUGAAGGAACACCAAUCAGAUGAGAGUAAGCUACAGAGUCUGUUUACAGAAUUCUACUCCACCCUCCUCCACAAUCCCCAGCACAAGACAAUGACCUUCACCAUGUCGUGGCUGGCCAGAAAACUGGACCUUUGUCAGCUGAUUAAGGAUGUGGUGUCAGUAAGUGAAGGCACAGACUGGUCUACGCGGGGGAACACGGAGGCCCAGUAUAAAGCCCUCCGAUGUCAGAUAUCACACGUCCCCGGGGGUCUCCCAACACCAGUCAAAAAUGUCCUCAAUCUGAAAGAUGAAGAUAAGUUGAAUGUUCAGAAUGUUUACGCCGUUCAUCGUCCUGGAGAAAGUGAGGUGUUCCGGUCAGAUUUGGAUCAUAGACUUCUCUUUCAUGCAUCCAAUGUGGAGAAUUUUGUUGGAAUUCUAUCCAGAGGUCUCUUGAUGCCAAAGGUCGUUGUCGAUGACUACGGAGGGAAGAGAACAGACCCAGGAAUGCUGGGAAAUGGAAUUUAUUUUGCCAGUUCUGCCAGCACAAGCAUAAAAUACUCAAAGCCAAGUAAAACCCGGAACACACGAAUGAUGCUAGUCAAUCUGGUGGCACUGGGGAAUACAAUGGACGUCUACACGUAUCAGAGGGACCUGACAGCUCCACCUAGUGGCUAUGACAGUGUUCACGGAGUGGCAGCUUCUGAGGGUGUAGAAUCAGACUUUAAGGAUGAUGAGUAUGUAGUGUACAAUACAAACCAGCUGAUGUUGAGUUAUUUAGUGGAGUUUACCGUGGGAGGGGAGAUACCAGACGAGCUGUCGAUGGAGGAGGAGAUAGAAAGGGAGACAACUGACUCAGACACUGAUGUUGACAUCAAUGAUGUAAAAAAUGUGACAGACCCUCUGACAAAGGUCAAGGUCGGACUGGUAUCCAAUGAUGACACUCCUGUAUCUCUCAUAGAAGCCCACAUUAGAGCAAAGUUGAUUGACCUUGCAGGAGAGGUUGUAGUUCUACAAGAGUACCACAACAACAGUGACAAAGCUCUGGAAGCCAAGUAUGUCUUCCCUCUGGAUGAUAUGGCUGCUGUCUGUGGGUUUGAGGCCUUCAUCAAUGGUAAACACAUCAUAGGGGAGGUGAAAGAGAAAGAGACAGCACAUAAAGAAUACAAACAGGCCAUAAAGGAGGGGCACGGGGCAUACCUAAUGGACCAAGACGAGGAAACUCCAGAAGUUUUUACGGUGAGUGUAGGAAACCUUCCCCCUAAGGCUACAGUCAUCAUUAAGAUCACCUACGUCACAGAGCUACAGGUCGAGGGGGAACUCAUCAACUUCCGUCUCCCUGGCAGCGUGGCGCCAUGGAAACAGAAGUAUGUCGUUGCUCCAGAAUUCAAAGACAAGGACUGGGAUACAGUUCAAGUCGAGGACACUGACUGCAGUGUACAGGUUUACGUGGACAUGCCUUUUGACAUCAGGAGUCUGGAAUGUCCAACACACAAAAUACUUGUUAAGAGAACUGCCACUAAAGCUACUGUAGAGAUGAAAGAGGACCAGACAAUAGAAGAUGGCUUCCAGUUGCUGAUAGGUCUAGCAGAGAUCCACGUGCCGCGAAUGUGGGUGGAAUCGGACGAAGGCGAAGAUUCACAGGCCUGUAUGCUGACCUUUUACCCUGAGUUUGAGGCCGAGGAGGAGUCAGAGGUCGAGGUCAUUUUGAUGAUUGACAGCUCCAACUCCAUGAAAGGCUCCGCCCUACAACAAGCCAAGAAGGCUGCUCUAUUGACUCUUCACCUCAUGGAGUCCAGUUGGAGAUUUAAUGUGGUGUCUUUUGGAACAGCUUUCCAAGAGCUUUUCCCAUCCAGUCAGCCUGCUAGUAAAUCCAACAUACAGACAGCAAAACAGUUCAUACAGAGGCUGCAAGCAGAUCAGGGUAACACAGAACUUUGCCGACCUUUGAACUCUUACUACCUCCUAAAGCCAGAAAGUUACACCAGAAAUAUAUUCCUCAUCUCUGAUGGCCAUAUUAACAAUGAGGAGACUACUCUGUCCAGAAUCACCCAAAAUUACCAGCACACAAGGGUCUUUACAUUAGGGGUCAGCUCUGUGGCUAAUCAUCACAUACUGAAAGCUGUUGCCAGAGUAGGAGCAGGGUCAUUUGAGUUUUACGACUCCAAGUUCAAAUCGAAGUGGGAGGAUAAGAUCAAGUCCCAGUUACAGAAAGCUGCCCAACCAGUGUUGACCUCUGUGUCUGUUGAUUGGGGCCAUGACGACCAACACCCAGCUCCCAUCCAAGCUCCGCAGCAAAUAACAGCUCUGUUCAGUGGGUCCCGACAAGUCAUCUACGGCUUUGUGGACAAUUGUUACAUGGCAACUCUGAAAGCAGAAGUCGGAGGUCAAGAGAUAUCAACUGUUGUGUCGACCUCUGACCUUAGUGUCACAAAGGGCAAGAUGCUGCACAGACUGACUGCGAAAGGGGUGAUAAGAGAUUGGGAAGAUGGAGUUCUUUCCCCUGACAGGACAGGACAUGAGGUGAAGAAAAUGAAUCUGAAGCAGUAUAUUAUAGAGUUGAGUAAGAAAUAUACCAUAGUCACAUCACUCACCAGCUUUGUCGCCAUCGAGAAACGAGAAAAGGAUGAGGUUAUCCCUGAGGAUGCUCCAGAUAUUUGGGACCUCCUGGAAAAUGAGGAUGUAGAUCAGCUAAAGUAUUUAUCAUGGGAAGGAGAGGAGGAUGAGAGUUCAGAGAGUUCAAGCGAUGAAGGAGAAACGGAAGAGUCUUCCACGGAAGAGGAGGGAGAAGGGGAAGAGGAGGAAGAAGAAUGUGAGGAAGAAGGAAGAAAGAAAUCACAUCAUCUUACAGCAGAGGAGGAGGAUGAGGAAGAAUAUGAAGAUGCCUACAAAGCCUUUCAAAUUGUAGAACCGGAUUGCAUGGAAGAAGGUAUGGACAUUGAAGAGGAUGAUGACGUAUAUAUGGAUUCUGUGGAGGCAUCACCAGUCGUGAUGGACAUGGGUUCACUUUUGAUGAAGGCGGGAUUUGCUGGAGACCACGCCCCCCGAGCAGAAUUUGAGACAACUGUUGGACGUCCCCGACAUCAGGGCGUGAUGGUUGGCAUGGGACAGAAAGAUUCAUAUGUUGGAAAAGAGGUUACAGGAACAAAACCUGUUGUAGGAAGAGUUUUGGAAGAGUAUUCUUCAAAACAUAUAUUUAUGGAAGAAGACAUUGGUGAAACUUUGGAAUCCCCUGAAUCAGAAUAUGAGGGAUCCUCGGAGGAAACCCCAUCUAAGAGUUUGUAA